AUCACACACAGAAAAAAGAGUCAAAACCCGUUCUCUCGCACUGAGACGCCUCUCUCUCACCGCCUCCGUCGUCUCUUUCGCUGAAGUAGAAGAUUCUCCGGCAACUUCGGUGAUUCCUCAUUCUGGUUUCUUGUGGAGCAAAGAGGGUAUGUGCGGAUGAAUCUUCUCCAGUCAUAUGAAUUCUCAAGAAGAAGUAGUAGAGCAAUGGGAAGCUCUUGACCUUGGUGACUCUGAGCUCCCUUCUUUCCUCCGCCCUUGCAAACGCAAAUCUCCAUCAAGGCCUCCUCUGCAACCAACGACGCCACGGCUUAAUCCAAAGACAAACCAUCAGACUCUUCUUCGCCGCUGCUCCUCCCGGCCGGGAGAUCGUUUUCUUGACGAGAGUCAUUCCCGCUCUUUGAUUCCAGGACCUGCUGGGACUGUUCAAGUGGCAAUCCGCAGAAAGAUGAAUAAGGAUCCGAAAUCGUUUGAUGAGCAGGGAGAACCGAUUCCAACUCAAGAGUUCAUAUGUAAAGCUGCUGAAGAGCCUGAUUGGGAUGACAAGGAUUUCUCUGAGGACCCUUGGGUCUCUGCUGUUGAAGGUUUGCUGAGCAACGGUGGGAGAGCUAUUGGGACACCGUUGAGCGAGAUUAAGAGCGUAUGUUGCAGUUGGGGUAAGGUCGACCAGGUCGUGGCAAUUGUCAAAACCUGCACUCCAAAUGGUCUAGGUGAUAUCAUGGUGACUCUUAAGGAUCCCACUGGAACAAUCGAUGCCAGCGUGCACAGGAAAGUGAUAUCUGAUAGUGAAUUUGGAAGAGAUAUACGAGUUGGUGCAGUGGUGAUACUUAACAAGGUUGCAGUCUGUGCACCUUCACGGUCCUCACGCUAUCUUAACAUAACGCUGAAGAACAUCUCCAAGGUUAUCACAAAGGAGACUCCUGUUUUACCUGAUGAGAGCCAUUUCGAAACGAGUGCCAAGAAUCCUGUUCCAGUGAAUGGUAAGGAGAUAAAAACAUAUAUUGAGUUUCUUUCACAGUUCGGUCGAGAAACUCAAACAGAAAACGAGGAAGAUUUGCGAAUGCGACCCAAAGUGUUUCCUGUGGAGCAAGGAACCACUCACGGAAUCAUGAACAGUCUCAGAAGAAAUGCCACAGAAAGCAAUGAAGCAACCACUGACGUAGAAAUGGAAGAAACGAAUCCAACAGUGGAAAGCAACUCCUGGCUAAAAGGGGUGGCCAAGAACCAGUUUCAAGCCAGAAUGGACCUGACCCACUUGGGAAAGCAUGAUUCAAGCAGCCAAACAGGAAUUGCAGCAAGCAGGACAACCUCAAACACUCGAGAACAGCAACUGCAAGAAGAUGUGGCUACAGAGACUAAUACAGCUGAUGACAUUAGACCGGCCAAAAAGAUCAGUAGAAGUCGUGAACCUCAAAGUGGUGUGCUAGACGGGGUAAUGGGGAACUCUGAUGAAGUUACAUCAGGAUCUAAGGUCAACAAAUCUCAGCCCAUGGCGUCUUCCAGCUUGGUGCCACAGUGGACCGACGAGCAACUUGAAGAACUCUUUGAUUUUGACUAAAAUUGACAGUGUGUGGGUUUUCGUUGAUGCAAGAACUGUUCUACUUUACAGAUAGCCGUGACUUUCAAGUAAAAGUUGCGCUGAAAUGCUGAAACUAUUAACAGAAACUUUCGACCCUUCUUGUUCUCUUUACUCAAUCACAGGUGUAAAUAUCAAAAUAAAAAAAGUUUCAACAAAAUU